AGGAAGCGGAAGUGCCGAUCGGUGGAGCGGAACCGUGCAGGAAGGCGGAAGUGGCUUCGCUAGGAAAACUCCAGGCGUGGAGAUGGCGCGAGCUGGUCAAGGAGCAGCGGUGCCCAGGGUGCAGGCGGGUCCUGGGAGUCCCCGGCGAGCGCGGCGGCGGCAGCAAGUGCAGCCGCUGGGAAAGCAGCGCCCAGCCCCGUGGCCCGGGCUUCGCAGCAAAGAGAAGAAGAAAGUGAACUGCAAGCCCAAGAACCAGGACGAACAGGAGAUCCCUUUUCGGCUCCGGGAGAUUAUGAGGAGUCGCCAGGAGAUGAAAAACCCGAUCAGUAACAAGAAAAGGAAGAAAGCAGCCCAGGUGACCUUCAGAAAGACAUUGGAGAAGGAAGCAAAGGGAGCGGAGCCUGACAUCGCCAUCCCCAAGUUCAAACAGAGGAAGGGGGAGUCCGACGGGGCCUAUAUCCAGCGCAUGCAGCAAGAGGCCCAGCACGUGCUAUUCCUCAGCAAGAACCAGGCCAUCCGGCAGCCAGAGAUGCAGGCAGCUCCCAAGGAGAAGUCUGAGCAGAAAAAAGCAAAAAAAGCGUUCCAGAAGCGGCGACUAGAUAAAGUCCGACGGAAAAAGGAGGAAAAGGCGGCAGACAGGCUGGAGCAGGAGCUGCUGCAAGACGUGGUGAAGUUUGGUGAGGUUGUCCUGCAGCCCCCAGAGCUGACUGCCAGGCCCCGGAGGAGUGUAAGCAAGGACCAGCCUGGCAGGAGAUCGCAGAUGCCGAGGAUGCUUCUGAACCCAGGCUGUGUGUCCCAGCCUCUGACCGCCUCCCUGGCCCGCCAGCGGAUUGUGGGGGAGGAGAGAGAGCGGGCUGUGCAGGCCUACAGAGUGUUGAAGCAGCGGCGGCGGCGGCUGCACGGGGAGCAACCCCACCUCACUUCCCGGAAGAAGGCAGAGCCGCAGCUGUGAUGGAGAGACACCUGGGGCCUGGCCACACUCCGGGAAAACUGGCACCAGGAGCUGCCACACCUGGGUAGGAGAGAGGCAGGCCUGCCAGCAGUGUGGGGUGAGGCCUCCAGCUACUUGUUCACACAUUGGGCACUAGUGGGUCCACAUCUUACAGGGGGUGAGUGCCCGACGGACUAGGGCCAAGGCCUGGUUGACAGAGGGCCCAUGGGGCCCUGUGUCACUCACAGGUCCAUCUCUUUGUUUUGAACUUCCAUUCUGAGUCUCAGCCCAGGUACACCUUAGGAAGGGCUGGAUCCCUGUCCCUGAACACCAACUACUGAGACAGCUGAUGAGGCUGGCUCGGUGUGUAACGGCCUGUGUGUGUGACAGUGUGUGACGGAGGCCCCCGGAAGUGCACAGUGCACAUCAGGCAGAGCAGGCCACGGGCAGGGAAGACGCAUCGGGGCAGGGCCACUGGGCACAUCUGGACCACCUGGGAGGGCUCUGCAGGGGACUGUGACUACAGGCUAGUUGUGAGUGGUCUGCAGAGGCUGCCCACCCAAGGUUUGGUUGGGGUGAAACGUGAUGACAACAUAUACACUUAAGGAGGUGGGAACCGGGGGCCGGGCGCGGUGGCUCACACCUGUAAUGCCAGCACUUUGUGCAGCCGAGGCAAGUGGGUCAC